UGCUGCUGCAGAGGACUGUAACAGGCGGACUCCAGACUACUUUACAUAGACGGGGCGCCACAGAUGACAAGUGAAACCCUGCUGACACUCACACACACUGAGAUCCGCGGGGACUAGCGAUGUCUUCUCCCGGUGCCACCUCCAACCCUCUGAGCACUCUGGCGCCCAAAAGGAAAACCAAGAAGAAACACUUCGUGCAGCAGAAGGUGAAGGUUUUCCGAGCCAGUGACCCCGUGCUGAGCGUGCUGAUGUGGGGUGUCAAUCACUCGAUUAACGACCUGAGCCAGGUGCCUGUACCUGUCAUGCUGCUCCCAGACGACUUCAAAGCCAGCACCAAGAUCAAAGUCAGCAACCACCUCUUCAACAAAGAGAAUCUUCCAGGACAGUUCAAGUUCAAAGACUACUGUCCGCAGGUGUUUAGAAACCUGCGAGAGCGUUUUGGAAUCGAAGACCAGGAUUACCAGGUGUCUCUGGCCCGCAGUCCCCUACUAAAACACGAGGAGGGGCACAGCGUGGGCCUGCUGCUGACAUCAUACGACCGCACUUUGGUAGUAAAAGAAAUCUCCAGUGAGGAGGUGGAGGAGAUGCACAACAUCCUCUCUGAGUAUCACCAGCACAUCGUCACCUGCCACGGCAGCACGCUGCUCCCUCAGUUCCUGGCCAUGUACAGAGUCACUGUGGAGAGCGAGGACACCUACCUGUUAGUUAUGAGGAACAUGUUCAGCCACAGACUGCACGUACACAGGAAAUAUGACCUCAAGGGGUCCCUGGUGUCUCGAGAAGCAAGUUUUAAAGAGAAGGUGAAGGAGCUGCCCACUUAUAAGGAUGUAGACUUCAGGAAUAACAUGCAAAAAGUUUAUGUGAGCGACGAGGAGAAGGAGAAGAUCAUGGACAAGCUCAACAGAGACAUCGAGUUUCUGGUGCGUAUGAGGAUCAUGGACUACAGCCUUCUGCUGGGCAUCCAUGAUGUCGAGCGAGCUGAGAGGGAGGAGGAGGAGGAGGAGAUGGAGUCCUCCUAUGAAGAGGAAGAGGAGGAUGAAAACGGAGUGGCUCCAGGCUCCACCUCACCUGAGGGCAUCGGUGGCUACAUGAACUCCUUCAAACCCAUGGGUCCCGGCGAAUUCGACCCCUACGUGGAUGUGUACGCUAUUCAGAGCGCUGUAGGUGCACCCCAGAGGGAGGUGUAUUUUAUGGGUCUGAUUGACGUGCUGACGCAGUACGACACCAAGAAGAAAGCUGCUCACGCUGCCAAGGCUGUCAAACACGGGGCAGGAGCUGAAAUCUCAACUGUUCAUCCAGAGCAGUACGCCAAACGUUUCCGGGAGUUCAUCACUAAGAUCUUUGCCUAGCUCAAUAAUUCAGAUCAGGCUACUAUCAUCAUUCAAUACAAAAAGAGUCUCAUUAUGCAAUACUUAUGUAAUCUGAAAUCAACAUCAGGGGAGAAACUGAAAAUUUUAUGUUAAUUUUUAAAUGAUCUACAUGUUUUGUUUUUUUUUUAAAGCAUUUACCCUCCAUAUCAUUCUGCACUGCAAGUUGGACUGUGGGUUUAUUUUGAGCGGGGAACUGGAAUUUGCAGACAAGAGUCUUCUUGGCACUUUGUUGUUGUUAAUGGGUUUUCUUUUGUUUUCACUUUAAGUUUUGGCAAUACUCCCCCGAACACAGUGGGAGGCGGAGAUGAUGAGAAAAACAUAUUUUCUCAGUGCAUUAAUUGUUGCAAGUCUCACUUGCUGCUGCAUUGGAGAAAGAUGUAUGCUUUGCUCUUAAAUAUGAAUUUUGGACUCCCUCUUCUCCCACCAGUGACAACACUUGACAGCAGAAGAAUAAUUUGGCCAAAUCUACAAGGUGUCAGUUAAGACCAAUACAAUGUCCAUGUCCUUGUCAGCACCAAUGUGUUAUUUAAGCUGUUAAAAUGAUGUUAUCUCAUACAAAAUGUUGCCAAAUACUGGAUUAAAAAAAAAAUAGCACCAAUAUAACAAUGUGAAUGAGUAGCAGCUGUUAAAUACGGACAGCC